CGAGAAUCGAAAUGACCAGAACUAACUUCCGACUCCUGUUUCAGCUAUGGUUGCCUAAUCUACAUCGCAACGCAGGUGUCAUCCGGGAUGAAGUAUUUAGAAUCGCUAGACUUAGUUCAUAGGGACUUAAGCGCAAGAAAUUGCGUCAUAGAUAAGGGAUUUACAGUUAAGAUUUCGGACCACGCGAUGUACUGCAGCAACUACGAGCAGGACUACUACGUUAGCGACACGAGGGCCAAACUUCCGAUUAGGUGGAUGUCUUGGGAAAGUUUGCUGUUGGGUCGGCAGACAACGAAGAGCGACGUGUGGUCGUUCGCGAUAACGCUAUGGGAGAUCUUGAUGCUGUGCGUUCAGCAGCCGUACGCGGAGCUGACCAGCGAGCAGGUGGUGGAGAAUUGCAACCACUGGUAUCAGAACGAUGGGUGCCAGCGGUACCUGCCAAGACCGCCGAUGUGCCCCCGGGAGAUAUACGACUUGAUGGGCGAAUGCUGGAAGCGCAACGCGACCGAUCGUCCGCGUUUCGCCGAGAUACACCUCUUCUUGCAGCGCAAGAACCUAGGCUACAUUCCGGCGCACGUGCAGGCUUAACGUUGUUGAGUUCGCGCUCGAGAGACUUCUAACGAAUACGCAGCGGGUGUGAACGCAGAUUGAAGGUCACAGAAAUUAUUUUGUUAAUAGAGUCGAUCUGCAUUCAUACAAGACGAGCUGUUACCUUGUUAAUAAUUUUUAAUGUCAAACCUAUUGUGAUAUAACACAAGCACGUAUGGAACCAUAUCUUCAAGCAUCCCCAAACCAAUUGACCAGUACUGCCAACCUAUUUCCUCUACAACCCCUACUGUGCUUCCUACCGAAGAUGUUUGUGUACAGGGUUUUCGAGAGUAUUGAUUUUACGAAGAGAAACUGUCUUAUCGCCGCUUAGUAAAAUCAAUGACGUAGUUAGUUAAUUAAAGAGUUCAAUUAAGGAAUCCUAGUCAAGAUUUUACUUAGAAAAGUAAGCGCCCAUGCUGUACUGUGUAAAGUCGAUUUUAUAUGUAAAUAGAUCAUUACGUGUUUUAGUUGUGAAGCACCCUAGCUUAAGGAGUUUAAAUAAAUACCCCCCGUGUGGAGUUGCUUUUUUCGAGAGUAUUUAAACUUCUUAGGUGCUAAGUCUCAACCAGUAAACCAAUGUGAUUCCCCACACGUACAGUCAAACAGUAUAUACACGGUGUAUAAUAAAAUAUAUCACAAGUCAAUGAUAUUUUGUAGAUGUAAACCCGAAACGAAAAUUGUGAUCUACAAAAAUGGCGAAACGAAAAAAAACAGGUUGGCGUGGGUCUUCCAAAAGGUCCAUACAAAAUGCAAGCACUUAUGUAUACAAGCAUGAUUAUUUUAAAUAUAAAAUUGUAAUACCUAAACUUAGCUGUAGAUAUUAAUAGUAUUUUCUAUGAGUAUAAGGAUUUUCGUCUUACAUAUUAAGUAAAACCUAUUUUGAAGAAAACCAUUUUGGUGUAAUGCGCUAGUAUUAAUAAACGUGCGAUUUUCCGCCGGACGGCGGAAGGUCUCGCGAUGACGUUGUAUUAAUUCUAAUAUGGCACGAGACAAUCAUGUGCAAAAGUAAGUCAUUAAAGUGUUAGCACUCAAUAGUGUUUAAGUUCAGUAUAAGCUUGCAUAUUAACUAAGAACUAAUGUCCUGCACAUUCUUGUUAACCAUUUCUAUUCCAAAAAGCCUUACGUGAAUAGUAAAAUUCACCUUUACAAUUUUUAGGAGAAGGGAUAUUCCAAUUUUGCGUCGGAUUCAGUGUGAAAUUUUUGCAUGUUUAAAAACGUUUUAUUCAUACAUAUCAGAAGUAAGUACUUAUUUCCAGUGUAUAUGUUAUAUGAAUGUACUUAAAUUGUAUAUACGUACGUCAUUCUUCGUUCCAAUUGCAAAACAAAAGUCUUU